CAAAUUUGUAAAAAUAUUGAUUUGAAAUAUAGAAAUAUAGAUAUUCAAUCAAAGCAGUCCAUCAUAAUUGAUCAAUCAUAUAAAAUCCUGAUUUAUUUUCAACCCACCUCACAUUUGAUAAGGUCAGUCCAUUUUACACCAUAACUCUCUCCUUCGAAGCAUUUUGGGAAGAUGGCUUGUACUCUGAAGAUUUCUCAAUUUCUCGGUCGUUGUCUUGUGUCCACGCCUAAAUAUGUGGCACCAGCAUCAUCGGGUGUGUUGCAGAACAGACAGUUCUCAACAGAGAACAGAGUAAAGGUGGCCAAGCCUGUUGUGGAGUUGGAUGGGGAUGAGAUGACUAGAAUCAUCUGGCAGAACAUCAAAGAAAAGCUCAUCUUUCCAUAUGUUGAUGUUGAAUGCCUCUACUAUGAUCUUGGCCUCCCCUACAGGGACCAGACUGAUGACCAAGUGACUAUUGACUCUGCCCAUGCCAUCAAGAAGCACAGUGUUGGUAUCAAGUGUGCAACUAUCACUCCUGAUGAGCAAAGAGUGGAAGAGUUCAACUUGAAAAAGAUGUGGCUGAGUCCCAAUGGAACCAUCAGGAACAUCCUUGGAGGUACUGUCUUCAGAGAGCCCAUCCUCUGUAACAACAUCCCACGUCUUGUACCAGGCUGGACUGAAGCUAUUGUCAUUGGUCGUCAUGCUCAUGGUGAUCAGUACAAAGCCACAGACUUUGUUGUCCCAGGAGCAGGUACAGCCGAGCUCAUAUUCAGAGAUGCUAAGGGUGAGGAGAAGAUGAAGAUCUUCGACUUCAAGGAUGGGGGUGUUGUCAUGGGAAUGUACAAUACUGACGAGUCAAUCCGUGGGUUUGCCCAUUCCUGUUUCCAAUAUGCUCUUAUGAAGAAGUGGCCACUUUACAUGAGCACCAAGAACACGAUCCUCAAGAGAUAUGAUGGUCGCUUCAAGGACAUCUUUGAAGAAAUCUUCCAAGCUGAUUAUGUGAAACAGUUUGAUGAUGCAAAGAUCUGGUAUGAACAUCGUCUCAUUGAUGAUAUGGUUGCUCAGUGUCUCAAGUCAUCUGGGGGCUUUGUAUGGGCCUGCAAGAACUAUGAUGGUGACGUCCAGUCUGAUAUUGUCGCUCAAGGUUAUGGAUCUCUGGGUCUUAUGACCAGUGUGCUAGUUGUGCCUGAUGGAAAGACUGUAGAAGCGGAGGCUGCCCAUGGUACAGUCACCAGACAUUACAGGGAACACCAAAAGGGUAACCCAACAAGUACCAAUCCCAUUGCUAGUAUAUUCGCAUGGACCAAGGGUCUUGAACACAGAGCCAAACUUGAUGACAAUCCUGAUUUAGCUAAAUUCUGUCAAACUCUAGAGAACGCUUGUGUCCAAACUGUUGAAAAUGGCCUCAUGACCAAAGAUCUGGCUGGAUGUAUACAUGGUCUUAAAAAUGUGACACCUGAGCAUUAUCUGUACACAAUGGACUUCCUGCAGGCAAUCGCAGAACAACUUGAGAAGAUGAGCAAUUCUGCCCCACUCGUGCAAACAUCUGGGAACAACACAUUAGUGGAUAAAACCAUCCACUGCAUGGGGUCCUGUGCUUAA